AUGCUUAGGAGACGUUUUCUUCCAGACUCCAGAGAGGAGCAACAACUCAGGAUGGCUGAACCCUGCAAUUCCCCAGAAAAUGAAUUGUCACUAUUUGCCUUCAUCUUAAUUUUUACCAUUAUAGGUGCUGAAUGCAUGAUUGGUAUCAUUGCAAAUGGAUUCAUCAUGGCUAUAAACGCAGCUGCAUGGGUUCAGAAAAAGGCAGUUUCCACCAAUGGCAGGAUCCUGCUUUUCCUGAGUGUAUCCAGAAUAGCUCUCCAAAGCUUCAUGAUGCUUGAAGUUAUCUUGAGCGAUACAUCCCCAAUUUUUCUUAACAAAGAUGUUUUAUAUGAUUCAUUCAAAGUAAGUUUCAUGUUCUUAAAUUAUUGCAGCCUCUGGUUUGCUGCCUGGCUCAGCUUCUUCUACUUCGUGAAGAUUGCCAAUUUCUCCCACCCACUUUUCCUUAAGCUGAAGUGGAGAAUUUCUGGAUGGAUACCCUGGCUCCUGUGGCUGUCCUUGUUUAUUUCCUUCAUCUCCAGCAUGCUCUUCUGCAAGGACAUCUACCCUGUGUAUUGCAACAAUUCUUUUACAGUGCCCUUCUCCAACUCCACAAAGAAAGUAUACUUCACUGAGACCAAUGUGCUCAACCUGGCUUUUUUCUUUAACCUGGGGAUUCUUAUUCCUCUGAUCAUAUUCAUCGUGACAGCCACUCUGCUGAUUGUCUCUCUCAAGAGACACACCCUUCACAUGAAAAAUUGUGCUACUGGCUCCAGGGACCCCAGCAUGGAGGCUCACAUGGGGGCCAUCAAAGCAACCAGCUACUUUCUCAUUCUCUACAUUUUCAAUGCCGUUUCCCUAUUUCUCUAUGUGUCCAACAUCUUUGAUGCCAGUAGUCCCUGGAACAUUUUGUUCAAAAUCAUCAUGGCUGUCUACCCAGCUGGUCACUCAAUGCUACUGAUUCAGGACAACCCUGGGUUAAGAAGAGCUUGGAAGCAGCUGUGCUCUCAAAUUCAUCUUUACCCCAAAGAGAAGAUUCUGAGAUCAUCACCUAAAGAAGAACAUAGAACUUGA